UGAAAUUAUGCAAUUAACACUAAACCAAAAACAGUUAACGAAUCCAGAAGAGAGUCUCCACUUCUUUGCUGUUUUACUCCGUUUCUCCCUCCCUUAUUUCCUCUUCCCAAAACAAUAACCCCACUCACAAAAACAUUUUAUUUUCCAUCAUUUCAUUUCAAAACACACCAUUUUCUUGGCACCCAAACACCAUGACUCGUGCAAGUAACAUUGUUCUAGGAGUCUUUAAUGCCAUUAUAUUAAUCCUCGGCUUAGUCGCAAUCGCCAUGGGUUUGUAUUUCUUCCUCGGAAGCAAUUCGCAAUGCGAAAAAGGUAUUCAAAAUGAGAUGUUGAUAAUCGGGGCCGCUUUGUUUAUCGUAGCAUUGAUAGGACUAAUCGGUUCUUGUUUCGGGAUUAACUUUUUUUUGAUUCUCUACUUGGUUGUGAUGUUCCUUUUGAUUCUCGGACUUAUUUGUUUCACAAUAUUUACUAUUUUCGUCACGAAUGAGGCGGCCGGUAGGGCGGCUUCUCGUACCAAGAUCAUGAAUUUUAAUACAUGGAUAAGAGAUCGUUUUGUGAAUGGUAAGAAUUGGAAUCCGAUUAGAACAUGUUUGAUCGAUGCAAAUGUUUGCAAAAGUCUCGGCAAUGUUGGUGUUGAUCCUAAUGUUUCGAAUUUUUACAAGAAGCAUUUGUCUCCCAUACAGUCGGGUUGUUGCAAGCCACCAAUUGAAUGCGGAUUUGAGCAUGAAAAUGCAACAUUUUGGGUAAAACCUAAAGAAGGAUCAGGAGUGAGAAACAGUGACUGCAGAACAUGGAGUAACGAGCAGAAGAGUUUAUGCUACAAUUGCGAGUCGUGUAAGAGUGGAGUUGUGGAUAAUGUCAGAAAUAAGUGGAAAAUUAUGGCUAUUGCUAAUGCCAUUUUUACUGUUAUCCUCAUUCUUUUGUAUUCUGUUGGUUGUUGUGCAAGGAAGACUUCUUCCUCCUCCGCUAGUUAUACCAAAUAUACAGGAUAUAGAUCUUAUGCUUGACUUCUCUAAAUUGUUUUUUUAGUUUUAUAAUAUAAUUUAUUUACUACUUUUUAUUAUAGGAUUGUUCUUUUUAUUUUCUUUUAUAUGGAUUGAUUUGUAAAGAGUAUGUUUUAGUAGUAUUUUAAUUUUCA